CACUGAUCAUCCUUACAUCUCUGAGGUCCCAGCCAACUCAUUCCGCGGUAUUACCAGCCAAGUGCUGACAGUGAUGCUGUACAGUAACGGCUUCACAGACAUCCAACAUCAUGCUUUCAACGGGACCAAACUGGAUGCUGUGUACCUCCAUAGAAACAGGCGUCUGACCAGGAUGGAUGAAAAUAUGUUUUCUGGCACUGUCAGUGGCCCAAUGCUGCUUGACGUGUCCCUGGCGGCGGUGUCGUCCCUCCCCACAGCGGGGCUGGAGUCUCUCAGGGAGCUGAUGGCCCGCAGCGCCUGGAACCUCAAGAAGCUUCCGUCAAUCAAAACCUUCAAACACCUGACCACCGCUGACCUCACCUACCCCUCUCACUGCUGCGGCUUCAAGAACCUCAAGAAGAAACGAGGAUACCUGGAGUACAUCAUCUGUAACCUGACAGCAUUCUACGACCAGCAGCAGAAGAGGUCCGUAGGUCCUCUCACAGUCCCAUCCCUCCAGGGAGACCCCACUGCAGACACAGCUGACCAGGAGCCCAGUGAGGAGGGCUUCAGAGAUGGUGUAUUCAAAGAUACCCAGGGAGACCCCUGGAGAGACUUCCACAGCAGCCUCAACUACCACGCCUACUUCGGUGGGCAGCCGGACGAUGACGUGGGCUUCGGGGAGAUGCUGAAGAACCCGCAGGAGGACACCAGCCAGAACUUUGACAAUCGCUACGACUACGUGGUCUGUGAGGAGGGCGAGGAGGUGACCUGCGCCCCUGCACCCGACGAGUUCAACCCGUGUGAAGACAUCAUGGGCUUCAGCUUCCUGCGUGUGUCUGUGUGGUUUGUGUCUCUGCUGGCUGUAGUAGGUAACAUGGUGGUGCUACUGGUCCUCCUCACCUCCCACUACAAGCUCUCCGUCUCACGCUUCCUCAUGUGUCACCUGGCCUUCGCUGACCUCUGCAUGGGGAUAUAUCUCCUCCUCAUCGCCUCAGUGGACCUUCACACCAAGAUGGAGUACUACAACCACGCCAUCGACUGGCAGACGGGGCCGGGUUGCGGGUUGGCGGGGUUCCUCACGGUGUUCGCCAGCGAGCUGUCGGUUUAUACGCUGACAGUGAUUACGCUAGAGAGGUGGUACGCAAUAACGUUCGCCAUGAGGCUGGACAGGAAGUUACGUCUGCCCCACGCCACUGCUGUGAUGCUGGCCGGAUGAUUUUUCUGCCUCCUGCUAGCGAUGCUCCCCCUAGUGGGGGUUAGCAGCUACCAGAAGGUCAGUAUCUGCCUGCCCAUGGAUACCCAGUCCACCAUGGCCCAGGUCUACAUCAUCUCAGUCUUGAUCCUAAACAUCCUGGCAUUCCUGGUGAUCUGUACCUGUUACAUGAAGAUCUACUGCGCUGUGCACAACCCUUACUACUGCUCAGGGUCUAAAGACACCAACAUUGCCAAACGCAUGGCCAUCCUCAUCUUCACUGACUUCCUGUGUAUGGCGCCCAUCUCGUUUUACGCCAUGUCAGCCGUUGUGGACCGGCCGCUUAUCACCGUGUCCAACUCUAAGAUCCUACUGAUGCUCUUCUACCCUCUCAACUCCUGUGCCAACCCCUUCCUGUACGCCAUCUUCACCAAGGCUUUCAGGGGGGAUAUUUUUAUCCUGCUCAGUAAGGUGGGACUGUGCCAGCGUCGGGCGCAGCUCUUCAGAGGGCAAGCAGUCAGUUCGAAGAGUAGCAGUAGGGUGUGCCAGCAGGUCCAGGGGCGUAAAAAGAGAGACACUGACAGGGAGAGGACAGGAGGACCAUAGGAGGUACCCAUUCACCUGCAGGAGUAUUCUGGGUCUGGUCACACCUACAUUCAGCUGGCCUCACAACAGCCCAGUCCUGAGGAAAUCCGUAGCCUGGAAACGUGAGCCCUAACUCAGCUGGGGGAGAUCAGAGAAGACCAUGGUGGUCCCAGUGGCGGUUUGGUUGGUUAGGGGACUGCUGGGAUACUUUACUCUGCACUUUUACACGUGUUUGAAUGUUUUCAUCAUUUCAGUUGUGAUAUUGUUUUUGCAAUUAAUAUACCAUCUG